AUGUCAGUCAAGAUUCACUGGCCAAUCAGGACCUCCAAGGAGGUGAUGUGCUCGGAAGAGGAGGCCUUCAGUGGUAUCUGUGAUGUGGUUUCUCCUCUGCUGCUGGAUGCCUUAGUGGAGUCCGACGGGCUGAGCUACUACAUCGCAACAUGUCAUGCUCAAAGACAUGAAAGUUUUCAUAUAGAAAAGACACCUUAUGAAGUUAUUCAGUGUGUCAAAGCCUUUGCACCUUACACAAGUAGCCAGAUAAGUAAAAGCACAGAAAUUGGACAGAAACCCUAUGAAUGUAAUCAACGUAGUAAAGGAUUUGCAAAACACAGUCAUGUUAAACGUCAUGAAAGUAUUCAUAGUGGAGAGAAACCCUUCAAAUAUAAUGAAUGUGAUGAAGCCUUCUUACAUCCCUCGGAUCUUCACAUGAAUGAAAGGAUUCAUACUGGAGACAAAACCUACAAAUGUAAUCAAUGUGAUAAAGCCUUUUCCAAACAAGAUAGUUGUCGAGAACCCCCCACGCUUGGAAGCUUAAAAGAAGAGAGAAACCCGACAAAUGUCGUCAAUGUGAGUGAGCCUUUUCACAGAAGUAGACACAUCCUCUCACUGAGGCCAGACAUGGCGGCCCAGUUAGGGGAACGGGGUCUACAGGUGGCAAAUUCAGGGAAAGCCAGACAGCCUGAGGUUGGGAACCGUGUGUUUUCUUUCAGAGUUGUUCAGAUUAUCCUGGAUUUCCUGGUUUUCUAUAUGAAGGUGACUUAUGAUGAUGUGCAUGUGAACUUCACUUUGGAAGAGUGGAAUUUGCUGGAUCCUUCCCAGAAAAAUCUCUACAAAGAUGUGAUGCUGGAGACCUACUGGAACCUCACUGCUAUUGGAUAUAAUUUGGAAGACCAUCAUACUGAAGAACAGCUACAUCAAACUUCUAGAAGUCAUGAAAGGCUUGAAAGAAGUCAUACUGGACAGAAACCAUGUGAAUGUAACCAAUGUAGUAAAGCCUUUUCAUGUCACAGUCAUCUCCAAAGACAUAAAAGAACACAUACUGGAGAGAAACCUUAUGAAUGUAAUCAAUGUGCUAAAGCCUUUUCAUGUCACAGUAGUCUCCAAACACAUGAAAGAACACAUACUGGAGAGAAACCCUAUAAAUGUAAUCAAUGUGGUAAAGCCUUUACACAACAAAGUCAUCUCCAAAUCCAUGAAAGAAAACAUACUGGAGAGAAACCCCAUGAAUGUAAUCAAUGUGGUAAAGCCUUUUCAUGUCACAGUAGUCUCCAAAUACAUAAAAGAACACAUACUGGAGAGAAACCUUAUGAAUGUAAUCAAUGUAGUAAAGCCUUUUUAUGUCAGAGUAAUCUCCAAAUUCAUAAAAGAACACAUACUGGAGAAAAACCUUAUAAAUGUAAUCACUGUGGUAAAGCCUUUAAACAACAAAGUCAUCUCCAAAUCCACAAAAGAACACAUACUGGAGAGAAACCUUAUGAAUGUAAUCAAUGUGGAAAAGCCUUUUCAAGUAACAGUAAUCUCCAAAUACAUAAAAGAACACAUAUUGGAGAGAAACCUUAUAAAUGUAAUCAAUGUGGUAAAGCCUUUACACAACAAAGUCAUCUCCAAAUCCAUGAAAGAACACAUACUGGAGAGAAACCCCAUGAAUGUAAUCAAUGUAGUAAAGCCUUUUCAUGUCACAGUAGUCUCCAAAGACAUAAAAGAACACAUACUGGAGAGAAACCUAUGAAUAUAAUUCAUAUAGUGAAAGCAUUUUCACAAAGUUUUUGUUUCCAAAAGCAUAAAAGAACCAUGGUUCAAGGCCCACAGCUGGGUAUUGCUGAGCUGGGGAUUCGGCGGCUGCACCACCGGCCAGACGCAGCACUUGAGGCGAAAGGGCGCUGGGAUUCAGGCUCAGCAGCCACGCCUCUUCCAGCCCAGGCCCCACCACCUUGUGGGCACAAGGCUCCCUUGCUCUGUGACUUUGAGGAGACUCUGCCGGCUCUGGGCUGCCUGGGUGGGCCACGGGCAGAAAGCCUCGGGAACCGCUGCAGCUGCAACCACUGGGCUCGCCCUGCUAAAUCCCAUCCCUGA